GAAUGAUAACUGGUUCAGGAACCACGGCCAUGGUCACCUUUUUCUGUGACUUGACAUUUCCGUAUGAUUCGCCAUGCCAAUGAUGCAACCUGGGUCAGAAUCUGAAUCCCAGUCACCUUCUCCCGAGUCAUGGAACAACACCAGCCGGUUCCCGCGUCAUCGCGGUAGCCUUUCACGACAAGCGCAAGAACCAACCGAGCCUAUGACCGGCAGUCUUCGGGAACCAAUCUCCUUUAAACGGAAGCAUAAACAACGUUCAGGGUUCAGUCUAUCCAACAUCUUCUCGAGUGACUCCUCUCGUAAUGGGAGUUUUGGCCCUUCUACGUUGCGCAAUGGGCAGGGCCCACAGGGCAGACCGCGAGCGAGAAGUGAGGUGAUCCGAGGUCAUGGAAAUCUAAACGUACCGAAAGAAGGCGGCCUGCUGGAUUGGUAUGUGGAAGGCCCAGGGCGUCGGGUAGGCUACGACGAUUUUACAGCCAUCGAUUGGAUUUUUGAAUACACAAAAGAACGUCAAAGAAAGAGGGUAUUGUCUGCUAGUGGACAAGGCAUUUUUGGUUAUGCACGCAAGCUUCUCGAUGCUAGUAAUGUUUGGUUAGUCCUGAUCGCUACGGGAAUAUCAGUUGGAAUCAUCGCGGCUUUCAUUGAUAUUGUAAGCGACUGGCUAGGCGAUAUCAAGACUGGAUAUUGCAAGAACGGUCAGGGGGGAGGGAAAUUUUAUUUGAACCGAAGCUUUUGUUGUUGGGGCCAUGAAGAAGAUCCCUCUCAUUGCUUGGACUGGACGCCGUGGGGGAAGGCUCUGGGAGCUAAUUCUUCUGGCGGGGUCUUCGCCGUGGAAUAUAUCUUUUAUAUCCUUUUCUCCGUUUUGUUUGCUGUAUGUGCAUGCAUAUUAGUUAGGAACUAUGCCAUCUAUGCUCGGCAUAGUGGAAUUCCUGAAAUCAAAACGGUCCUAGGCGGCUUUGUGAUAAGGCACUUUAUGGGGCCCUGGACACUUGCGAUUAAGUCACUCGGCCUGUGUCUAUCCGUUGCAUCUGGUAUGUGGCUGGGUAAGGAAGGCCCGCUAGUCCAUGUUGCUUGUUGCUGCGCAAGCGUGAUCAUGAAGGCAUUUGACAGUCUCAAUAGUAACGAAGCGAGGAAACGGGAGGUUCUUUCCGCUGCGGCCGCCGCUGGAAUAUCUGUUGCAUUUGGCGCACCAAUUGGAGGUGUUUUGUUUAGCUUGGAGCAACUCUCAUAUUAUUUCCCUGACAAAGCAAUGUGGCAGAGCUUUGUGUGUGCAAUGGUAGCAGCUGUCACUUUGCAGGCGCUUAAUCCCUUCCGCACAGGAAAUAUUGUCCUCUACGAGGUCAAGUACACUCGUGGAUGGCAUCGUUUUGAGAUGAUUCCCUUUAUAACACUUGGUAUUGUAGGAGGUCUUUACGGGGCAUUUCUCAUUCGCUUGAAUAUGAGAGUUACAAGGUGGAGGCGAUCUCGGAGCUUCUCCCAGCCAGUCUUAGAAGUUGUGCUUGUUGCCCUUCUAAGUGCCUUGAUAAACUUCCCGAGCCUCUUUAUGAGGGCACAAAACUCCGAACUUGUCCAUUCCCUCUUUGCUGAAUGCGGCUCCGCAACCCCUGACCCUUUCGGCCUCUGCAAAACGGGGGCCGCUUCGGCCACUACAGUAGCUUUAUUGCUAGUAGCUGCGCUUCUUGGCUUUUUGCUCGCGUCAGUAACCUUUGGAUUGGAUAUUCCUGCCGGUAUUAUCCUUCCCUCCUUUGCAAUUGGCGCUUGUUAUGGCCGCGCGUUGGGCACAGCUUUCAAAAUGUGGCAGGAUGCAUAUCCGAACUUUUUCCUAUUUGGAAACUGCGAACCAGAUAUUCCUUGUGUGACUCCGGGGCUCUAUGCAAUCAUUGGUGCAGCUUCUGCCCUUGGCGGCGCUACACGAAUGACGGUAUCCAUUGUGGUUAUUAUGUUUGAGCUAACGGGUGCUUUGACCUACGUUAUUCCCAUUAUGAUCGCCGUGAUGCUGUCGAAAUGGUGCGGCGAUAUUUUUGGAAAGCGCGGCAUCUAUGAGUCGUGGAUCCAUCUAAAUGAAUACCCGUUCCUCGACCACCGUGAUGACACUGCUCCUCCUGAUGUGCCCGCCCACACCGUUAUGACUAAGGUAGACGAUAUUACUGUCAUUACCGCCGUUGGUCAUACAAUCGGCUCGUUGCGCAACCUGCUUCAGACUACUUCAUACCGGGGAUUUCCUGUCGUUAGCGGCACUUCGAUCCCCGUUCUUCUCGGUUACAUUUCGCGUAGCGAACUUUCUUUCGCUUUGAAAUCCCCGACAUCGCCUUCAGACCAAGAGCUGUCUAAUACCACCCAGGUCUUCUUUACACACCAACCAUUCGCGGACCCAAUGGACACGCUAGACCUCCGGCCUUGGAUGGAUCAAACACCUAUCACUCUGAAUAGCGGUACGACGUUUCUCAUUGUGCUACGAAUGUUCCAAAGACUUGGCCUCCGCUAUGUGUUAUUUUCGGACAAGGGUGUUCUCCAGGGACUGUUAACGAAGAAAGACGUUUGGUCUGUUGUCAACGACCCUGCGUCCUAUAGAAGUGAUUGGUCUAGAGAAGAUCCUUUCCAUGAAGGACAAGCGUCCGAAGAAGUCGGGCUUCUUGAAGAUGACGAUGCAACAAGCCUUGUUAGUCCAAUUGAGAGGGGCCAGACACUUUAGUGCACCCAAUAUAACGGUGUAUUAGAUGAGUUCAUCUUCCUAGCAGACAACACUGGGAUUGCUGCAGUCUUUUUUGGAUCUAUGGUAUUACAUUUGCUCGAAUCUGUUCUUUUUGUUUACUUUUGGUUAGAAUCGGCGUACUUUCAUGUGAUGAUAUUUCUUAACUUUUCAAAUGUUUAGACGUUAUCUACUAAUAUGCACAUUUACCAGAGUGUGAUAUCUACACAUCUAUAGAAUAUGACCUGGCAUUUCGUCC